GAUUGCUUUUCCCUGCAGUAAUUGCUCUGAGAGCGCAACUUGGAAAGGUGCCGAGGAUGUGUGCCGCGAGGAGACUGCUGCUGUUGCUGCUGGCCUUCCUGGCCUCCGCGCUGGACGCUGCCGCUGCCUACGGCACAGCCGAGACCCUCUGCGGCGGCGAGCUCGUUGACACRCUGCAGUUCGUCUGCGGGGACCGGGGCUUCUACUUCAGUCGGCCAGUGGGGCGAAAUAACCGGAGGAUCAACCGGGGCAUAGUGGAGGAGUGCUGCUUCCGGAGCUGCGACCUGGCUCUCCUGGAGACCUACUGUGCUAAGUCCGUCAAGUCGGAACGAGACCUCUCAGCCACCUCCCUGGUGGGGCUGCCAGCGAUCAACAAGGACAGCUUCCAAAAGCCGUCGCACGCCAAGUACUCCAAAUACGACGUGUGGCAGAAGAAGAGCUCGCAGCGCCUGCAGCGUGAGGUGCCCGGCAUCGUGCGGGCCCGCCGGUACCGGUGGCAAGCGGAGGGCCUGCAAGCCUCCGAGGAAGCCAAGGCGCAUCGCCCCCUCAUCGCCCUGCCCAGCCAGCGGCCCCCGGCAGCGCGAGCGUCCGCGGGCACGCCAGGCCGCCAGAAAUGAACUGCCCAGCGGCUUCUCCGUUUUCGG